AUGAGACACACCUCACUCAAGCCGCCGGCGCAGUGGCAAGCGCCGGAUCGCGAGGCCCGACAAGCAUACAAUCGGAAGCUCACGGAUUUGGACCACCGGCCAACCGCUACGGAAUACAGGGACCUAAUGCUCGCAUCCGCACAGGAACAUCUCCAGGAGGAGAGAAUCGCCCGCAAGGGUUUCAGUACCUCCCCUGCACUGGACCGGAAGUUCGUGGAUUGCACCGAAGCCAAGCGCAUUGGCGACCACGCCAGGUACAAAGUGCUGUGCAAGGAAAUUCACAAAGACAUCAAGCUUGCCAAAAAGCAGCACAUCAGAGACACGGUGGUGCUCCUGUUCAAGAACAAGGGCAGCGCUGCCAACCUCGACAACUACCGCCCCAUCUCCCUGCUGAACUCGUUCUAUAAACUCAUUGCGGGGGUCCUCAAAGUCCGCAUCGCCAAGAAGGUUGACCAUCUCCUACAACCGACGCAAUUUGGAUUUCGGGCACGGCGCAGCACGUCCCAAGCCUUGAAGAUCGUCAGACAGAUGGUUCACCAAGGCGCCAGCACCCGAAAUUACAAGCAGGGCUCUCCGCUCUAUCUGCUGUUCCUCGAUUGGGAAAAGGCGUUCGGCCGCGUCACACACGAAGCCUUACUCAGCGCUCUGGAGCGCAUGCAGCUGCCGGCCACUAUCGUUAACGUUGUGAAAGCCUUGUAUAGGAACCCCACUUUCCAGGUAGGCAUGGACAACUACGAGUCAAAAUGGCACCGCCAGGACGCUGGGAUCCGCCAGGGCUGCCCUCUCUCACCGUAUCUCUUUCUGAUCACUCAGCGGCUCGACGGCUUUCAAUUGAAAGGCCUCCGCAAGAUCCUUGGGAUUUCGACUACGUUCGGCCAAGUGGCCCAGGGCCAGGACCGCACGAACACGAACGAGUACAUCUACAGCCAAGCCCAAAAGGCCCUCAAUAGCAGGAGACCUCAUAAGGCCCUCGAACGCUUCAGCGCCACGUACGAAAAAACUCAAGCUUGA